AUGACCCAAGUGUUCAUAUGUGUGCAGAACCUCAAAGCAGCAAUGGUCAUGAGCAUUAGAGACGCUUGGUAUAGCAUCAUAGAUCUAGGACAUCAGCCGGUAGAGUUCUCUCGUGAGAAUGAAUUGGCUUUCCUGCCUUUAAUAAGUCAAGAUAGUCAGGCUAGAUCUAGUGGAGGCAAGACAGGGAAAGACUCUAGGGCUGCAGAUAAGACCGUUGCCAUGGUCCUGAAGGAGAUUCCCAAUAAGGCGUCCUCUGAAGGCAAACCCCUCCUCACGGUGACAAACAAGCUGGUGAGCGAGCAACAAGAGAGUCGUCCCUUGCUGAGCCCUUCCAUCGAUGAUUUCCUCUGCGAGACCAAGUGUGAUGGUGCUGCCCGACCAGUAACCUCAAACACAGCAGUACUGUCCUCCUCUCUGGACCUGCUGGAUCUGAGCGAGCCUGGUGAGAGAAGACACAGCAAAGACAGAAAGAGCCCUCUUUCUUCUAAAAGCACACCGUAUAGGAAGAAGCCAGAUGAAACAGAGCUGAUCCAAGUGGACAUUGAACAGAGCAUUCCCUGUUCCCGCACACCUGAAAAAAUCUCAUUGGACUCAGCAGCAGUUCCAUCUUCAUUGGACAAAUGGGAAGAGCUCAACCCACACCCAGAGCGAACUGGUAGCAGAAAGUGGAAACUUGAGAGAAGACGAUCAUCAAAGAAUUCUGGUGAAUUUGUGUGGUCUAUGGAUUGCAAGCCACAGCUAGACACUAGCCACAGGAACUCCCUGGAGGUAAACAAUAAAGUAGAGGCAGAAGCCGGGCCAGUAACCCAACUCAACAGGCAAUAUGUUAGUGGAAGACAUGGCCGAUUGAGCAAAGAGCAGAGGUGGGGCAGCACACUGCUGUCCAGAAACCAGUCUCUGGAGGAGGAGUUUGAGAGAGCGAAGGCAGCAGUGGAGUCAGACACAGAGUUUUGGGAUAAGAUGCAGGCAGAAUGGGAAGAACUUGCUCGCAGAAACUGGCUUACAGAAAAUGAGCAGCCACAGAUUCCCUCCAAUGUGUCUCCUUACGAAAAGGGAUAUUACUUCCACACAGAUAACCCUUUCAAAGACUGGCCAAAUGCUUUUGAGGAGGGAUUGCGCAAGUCGAGAGAAGGAGAGCUGCCGAACGCUGUGCUUCUUCUGGAAGCUGCCGUUCUGCAGGACCCUCAGGAUUCAGAGGCUUGGCUGGUGCUGGGAACCACACAAGCAGAGAAUGAGAAUGAGCAGGCAGCAAUUGUCUCCCUCCAGAGGUGUCUGGAGCUCCACCCCAACAACCUCCAGGCCCUCAUGGCUCUGGCAGUGAGCCUGACCAACACGGGCAUGAGGCAGGAAGCGUGUGAAGCGCUGCUGGGCUGGAUAAGACACAACCCCAAAUAUAAGCAUCUUCUGAAGAGCCGCACGCACCUGCAGGGCUCACCUGGAUCACGGAGACCCUCCUAUCCCUGCCCAGUCAGCUGCCCCCUGCUGCCAGAGGUGAAGGAUCUUUACCUGGAAUCGGCCCAGCAGAACGUGGACACCAUUGACCCAGACCUACAGACUGGGUUGGGAGUGCUGUAUAACCUCAGCUCUGAGUUCAACAAAGCAGUUGAUGCUUUCAAUGCAGCGCUGUCAGUGCGGCCGGAGGACUACCUGCUGUGGAAUCGGCUGGGGGCGACGCUGGCUAAUGGAGAUCGCAGUGAGGAAGCAGUGGAGGCCUAUACCAAAGCCCUGGAGCUCCAGCCUGGCUUCAUCCGCUCACGUUACAACCUCGGCAUCAGCUGCAUUAACAUGGGCGCUCACAGGGAGGCAGCCAGUAAUUUCCUGACGGCCCUUGGUCUGCAGAGGAAGAGCAGAAGUCGUCAGCUUUCCCACCAGGUGAUGUCUGGGAACAUCUGGGCAGCGCUGCGGAUCGCUCUCUCCAUGCUGGACCAGCCGGAGCUCUUUCAAGCUGCUAACAUCGGAGACCUGGAUUUACUAAUGAAAGCUUUUAACCUGGACAUGUGAGAGAGGAAACCCUUUAAACAUGGCCAACAUCCAAAGUCCUUUAUGAGACCAACUUUGUCAAAAAGCAACUUUAUUUCUUUUCUUUUUUCCGCAGAGCACCUUUACAUUCCUGAGAACUGAGUGCUGGAUGGUACUAUUUUAAUAGAUUUGCACAUCAGUUUAAGAUUAAGAGCACAACGCCGGGUGAAGAUUGUACAAGUAUGCCUUAGAGAAAAUAUCAGCUAGUCCUGCUACAGAAGAAAAUCUGUUUUGACUUGUAAUUCUACGACUGAUGAGACGAACGCGGACUAUAAAUGCGCAAGAACAAAACUCCAGAUCAGUGACUUGAUUAGACGUACUGUAUUACGUAGACUUCAUGCAUUGGUUGAAUUGCACUCUUUAUUUGAGAUGGCGAGGUUGUUUUAUUAAUUUGUUUAUUUUUGGGAUUUUGGUGGCACUUGGUUGAACCCUGGACACUCCUCGCCUGAUCUCUGCUGCAUCUCCCCCUUUAUUUCCUGGAGCUUGCAGACCAGAUUUUAAAAAGCCUUACUUAUUGUGCAUGUAAAGUAAGUUACUGAGAUGAUACCAGAUAAAAGCCAUUCCUUGCCAUACUUUGACCUCUUGAUAAAACUGAAACCGAAGUCUACGUUUCAUCAAGGUCUUUUUUUUUUUGUUUGUUUGUAAAACAUACCACAUCUUUGAAGUGUAGUAGGCCUACUGAUUAUUUUUCAGAAUUCAGUGCAGGGAAUUCACAUAUACUGCCCCGCAAUAUCAAUCUAGAUUUGACAGGAAAACAAGUGUCUUUUGUAUUUUUGAAAAAAAAUGCUGCCCAAAAUCUAAGCCAAAUAUGUGUGAUUAUGACC